AUGGCUGCCGCCAACCGACCUCCCCCAGCCUACACAGCCCCCCCCAAAUUCGGGGAUCCACGCGACAUCACUGCAGCUGAACCCUCGGCAAGGACACCAAAAGAAUCCUUCACCAUCCGUCCAUGCUCAGGACAGGCUUGGCUUGUGCCUGCAGGCCAUAUCUGUCGCCUCACGACGCCCAAGGGCCCACAGGUCGGCGAUCUCAACAUCUGGAACGCAAAUAACCCGCGCGAGCGAAUGUGGGCUGCGCGAACCCGCCAGAUCCAUGCCUCGCAUGUCUCAGUGGGGGAUCGGCUGUGGUCCAACUUACCAUAUUUAAGACCGCUGGUGACGAUCACCGGGGAUUCGCUGGGCGGCGGGCAGCUGCAUGACGUGCUAGGGGAGGAUGGGAAAAGGAAACCAGAGGCAGUGUUUGGCACGACGCAGUUCGGGGGCCGCGUGCAUGAUUUGCUAGGUACUCGAUGCGAUCCCUACGUGAACCUGCUGAUGGGCGGCGAAACCUUUGACUUCCACUGCCACUCGAAUCUCACGCGGGCGGUGGCUCCGUACGGGCUGACGGAGCUGGAUGUGCAUGACGUGCUGAAUGUGUUCCAGGUCACUGGGUUGGAUGAGCAGGGCAAAUAUUUCAUGGAGACCUCGCCUGCGAAGGCGGAGGAGUAUUUCGAGUUCUUUGCCGAGGUGGAUGUACUGUGCGCCCUGUCGGCGUGUCCUGGUGGCGACCUUUCUAACUGGGGCUGGGAUGACAAGGCAGGCGGCAUGGGCGCGACCUGUCGUCCGUUUGGGAGUGGAGGUGUAUCAGUUGGACGAGAAAGUCUUGGCCGGAUGGGAGGCACCAGUGAGCCCCGCAUACAAGGGGCUGCACGGAAUGAGCAUGCCACCGCGCGAGCAGGACGGGCUGGUCGGCAUAUGAUCAUGUGA